AUGAUGUACGUUUAUGAUGAAAGCAAGCAGAAAAUGAACUGUGACAAACUAAAUAGUGAGGUAGUAGAUUACCGAUACAACAGCACCAGAGAGGAAAAGGCUACACACUGUUCCUUUAACCACCAAGCCCCUCCUCCGCACAGCCCAGCGCAGCACACAGCCGAGUGGAGCUGGCAGCAGCCUGAGCUCCACAAUAAACUCUGGCAUCAGCUUCCCUUCAUCCGCCAGUCAGUGAGGAGGCACAGAGCGCGCAGGAGAACGCAUGGGGACAGAGGGAAAGACCUAACCAGAUGGACCUUGGGGGUGACAGGGCAGAUAGAGGAGGCUGUCAUCCAGUACAAUGAAUCACAUGGCGUUCACUUCCUCAUCACUGUCACCUUUCUGCAUCUGAUGCCUUUUGACGAGGAAUGA